GGCAGAAGAAGCGAAAAGCUCUCCGUGGAAAACAGAAAAGAAUGAGCGCCCCCUGCUGGAAAUACCUUUCGCAUUAAGCUCUUGAUCUCGAGCAUCGCCAUAUUGACGUCCCAACAACGCUGAGAGGAGGUAGUCGUUGUAGCCCCCAGUGAUGACUAUACUGAGUCCUGUGCCUCCCGAUUAGACUGGUUGGAUGCCCCAUUUAACAUCCAGGUUUCUCCAUUUCAUACGCCAUCCUUUCUUACAACAAAGGCAUCUCAGCAAAUCUUAUUCACUUUGCCUGUCAACAAUUAAUCCUGGAGGAAACCUCCCAGGACAUUUAGAAAAGAUCCCGUACAGAAUAUGUCUGGCCCUGUUCCAAGCCGCUCUCGAGUUUACCCUGAUGUAAACACACAGAGACCUCGGGAGUACUGGGACUAUGAGUCCCAUGUUGUUGAGUGGGGAAAUCAAGACGACUAUCAGCUCGUCAGAAAACUAGGAAGAGGCAAAUACAGUGAAGUAUUUGAAGCCAUAAACAUCACAAACAACGAAAAGGUGGUGGUUAAAAUACUGAAGCCUGUUAAGAAAAAGAAAAUCAAGAGAGAAAUAAAGAUCCUGGAGAAUCUGAGGGGUGGCCCAAAUAUCAUCUCACUCUUAGAUAUUGUCAAGGAUCCUGUGUCACGAACCCCAGCUCUGGUCUUUGAACAUGUGAACAACACAGAUUUCAAGCAAUUGUAUCAGACUCUGUCAGACUUUGACAUACGGUUCUACAUGUAUGAAAUCUUAAAGGCUCUGGAUUACUGCCACUCCAUGGGUAUUAUGCAUAGGGAUGUCAAACCCCAUAAUGUAAUGAUCGAUCAUGAACACAGAAAGCUCCGUCUAAUCGAUUGGGGCCUGGCAGAGUUUUACCACCCAAACCAAGAGUACAACGUGAGAGUGGCAUCCAGGUACUUCAAAGGUCCCGAACUGCUGGUAGAUUACCAGAUGUAUGACUACAGCUUGGACAUGUGGAGCCUGGGUUGCAUGCUUGCCAGCAUGAUCUUCAGGAAGGAGCCGUUCUUUCACGGUCAUGACAAUUAUGACCAGCUUGUGCGGAUUGCAAAAGUACUUGGCACAGAGGACUUGUAUGACUAUAUUGACAAGUACAACAUUGAAUUGGAUCCACGGUUCAAUGACAUCCUGGGAAGACAUUCCCGCAAAAGAUGGGAGAGGUUUGUGCACAGUGAGAACCAACACCUAGUCAGCACAGAGGCUCUAGACUUCUUGGACAAAUUGCUGCGCUACGACCAUCAAGCUCGCCUCACAGCCAGAGAGGCCAUGGAUCAUCCCUACUUCUAUCCCAUCGUCAAAGAUCAGGGAAGGGGGGCCACUCCUGGGGGCAUGGCUGCCAGCUCCACUCCAGUCAGCUCCUCGAGUAUGAUGGCUGGCAUCACCUCCAUGUCCUCCUCACAGCCGCUGGCUAACAUUGCUGGAUCGCCCGUCAUCUCUGCCCCAAACACUCUGGCCACACAAGUCCCUGCAGCCACCGGGACCCAGCCCUGAAACCACUUCCUCACCUGUGUUAAACGUGUGCUCAUGGCCAUGCCCUGCCUAGCUCUCUCUGCAAGCCAGGGCCAUGGAAACCCCCCCCUCCCCAAACCCCCCACCCUCUUUUUAUGUUGACAAUAACAAAGAAGAUUUAAAUUACUUUUCAUGUUCAGUUCUAUUUUGACACCUGGACUUGACAGAACCGCAUUGUUGCACCUGUCGGGUUUGUUAGACAUUAAUUUGGGUGUGUUACUUGACAAUGCCAUUGUCUAGAAAUUCUAAUAAGAUGUAGACAUAAAGAGAAUGGAUAAUAAAAUUUAUUUUGUAUGUUCCAAAUAUACAGUCUUGCUUGAAACUGUUUGAUGGGGAUCCUGCUGUAUUACACUGUGAAACCUUUACGUGACUUCACACAAACGGGGAAUCGGGGAAAUCUGGUGUGUCCCACCUAUCAGUGCUCGCCGGUUGCACACGAUGUAAUGUGCAGGAGUUGUUAGUGUUUUGAAGUUGUUAGAUGCUUAUCAUUCUUUAAUUGGACAUUUUUGUAGAUAUUCUACAGUUACUGUCAGGUUGCAUGCACCCAAUGCUGAGUUUCACAGGGUCAAUAGUUUGCCAACUUUAUGUUACUUUCACUUCUGUAUGUGUAUGUAAGUGUCCAUGUUUGUUUUUUAUGAAGUCUCUUACACAUGAUUUUGAUUACAUAGACAAUUUUGUAACUUUUUUGUUUUAUGUUGGGAGGAGUCAUCACCUACGGAAAAACAACUUCAAAAAUAAACAAUUUAAACAGGG